AUGGCAUUUGACAAGGUUGUGAUACAUCCAAAACAAGUUGCUUAUUUUGUUCUGAAUAUUUUGAAGAAUUAUCAAGAGGUUAGAGGGCUAUGUUUAGUUCAGCUGAAGCAACAUCUCAAAUGGAAGCCUCCUCCUACGGAUGUUCUCAAGCUAAAUAUUGAUGGGGCCAUGUUUGUUGAUCUAAGGAGAACAGGUGUUGGUUUUCUUUUGAGAGAUGCAAAAGGAGAAUUGAUUGUGGCAACUAGUAAGGCAGAGUUUGAUGUUGAAAAUCUUGAAACUAUUGAGUUAUUGGCUGUGUUCCGAGGCAUCCAACUUUGUGCUAGCAGGGGUAUUCCCAAUUUGAUAGUUGAAUCUUAUUCUUUAGAGGGUAAUAUGACAGCUCACAAACUUGAUAGGAAUGCAUGGAAUGUUGUGGAUUGUGAGAAUUGA